CAGAAGCGACUGGGCGAAAAGCGCAGGCCUUCCGGAGAGAGCACUGGGUUUGAGCCAAGGCCAUCUCUGCUGGGGGGAAAAACCCAGCAAAAAUAAAACAAACAACCUCCAAGCUCCUUUUCCUAGGGCCUCUCCAGAUAGCAUUCCUGGCGCAUUGCCUCGCUCCACCUCUGCCCACUGUGAGAACACCGCUUUGCUGUGUGGCUGCCUGCCCAGGGAAGCCAGGAACACGGCUGAAAGCUUUUUCUAUCUGCAUUGCUGAACUGUCAAGAGGAGUAGGGGACUGAGUGGUGCACGUCUGAUUCAGCACUGAAGGCGCCAUUGCUCAGUUGGGAAGGGAACGCCCCAGAGCCUACUUCAGUGACUGGGCACUGCCUGUCAUCCUUUGGAGACCUUUCCAGACAGAGGCUUUUGUGGUCUCUGACUCUUCUCGGCUCCAACUCAGAAGAAACUUGUCAUGGCUGACAGCCAGAUCCCCUUCUCAUGCCAUUAUCCCGGCCGGCACCGGACCCUUCGAGACACGUUCCGGGAACCCAGCUUGUCUUCGCGGCUUCUGGACGAUGACUUUGGCCUGUCCUCCUUCCCCGCAGGCCUGACCUCAGACUGGCCGGACUGGGCCCGCUCCCGACUGGGUCCAGCGUGGCCGGGGUCGCUGAGGUCCCGGACCACUGGCCUAUCCCCGCCAGGAUAUGGCCCCAGAUUUGGGGAGUACACAGAAGGUCCGGCUUUUGGGGGCAGCCCUCCCCCCUUUUCGGGGGAGCCAUGGAAAGUGUGUGUCAACGUACAGAGCUUUAAACCUGAGGAACUGACGGUGAAAACCAAGGAUGGUUACGUGGAAGUCUCAGGUAAACAUGAAGAACAACAGGUGGAAGGCGGAAUUGUAUCCAAAAACUUUACCAAGAAAAUCCAGCUUCCUGGAGAAGUGGAUCCCGUCACAGUUUUCGCAUCCUUGUCACCAGAGGGGCUGCUGAUCAUUGAGGCUCCUCAGAUACCUCCUUACAUCCAGUACGGAGAUGGCAGCUGUGGUAAUGAAAUACCUCUGGAGAACCAAGAAGCGACUUGUGCCUGAAGGAUGGCCCAUCUAGAAGUUCCCAGCUCCCUUCAUCCCCACCCCGUGUUUCUCUCCCUACAUGCAUUUGCCACUUGAUGUUGUACAUUUUUUUUUCUUAUAAAGAGCAUUUUUCCUCCUCAAAA